AUGGAGAAUUCUUCAGCAUCAGCAUUUUUUGAUGAUAUUCCUAACAACAUGAACCAGGAAAGUUACAUAGUUGAUUUCCCUUUCUCACCUGCUUUACCAUCAUGCAGUGUCUUUGACAUUCCACCACCACCAUCACCACUGUUUGAUUAUCAUAAUGUAAAUGAUGCUUCUUUUGCUGGUAACAUGGACUUGUUGAUUUCGGAUGAUUUCGACAAUUCUUGGUUCUCAAACUACAACUUCGAAACUGGCACGUCAGAAUCACUACCUGCUGCCACCCAAACUGACAUGCAGCUGCCUCCUUUGCCGGUUCUGUCCCCCACCGCGAAUCCGGCUGCUCCUGUCUCGGGUUCCUCUUUGAAUACUUCGUUGUGGAAUGAGGCUGGUGUUGUUGCUAACAAACCAGUUGCUGCGGUAGCUGAGAAUGCUGAGAAUGGAGAUGGAGUUAAAUUUGUUGAAGGAAAAAAUGCUAGAGGUGAAGCUGAGGAUAGCGAUGGUGAUCGUCGAAUCCAAGUGGUGGAGAAUGGAAAUGAUCAAACUCCGGCUAAGAAACCGUUGAAACAAAAGAAGAAUGACAAGAAGAAGAAGCGAACAAGAGUUACUUUCAUGACAGAAACUGGAUUUGAUUACUUGGACGAUGGUUAUAGGUGGCGCAAGUAUGGCCAGAAACCUAUCAAGAACAGCCCUUUUCCAAGGAGUUAUUACCGCUGCACCACCCGGGGUUGUGGCGUGAAGAAGCACAUAGAGCGUUAUGCGGCUGAGCCUUUGUUGCUGCUAACUACUUAUGAAGGCAAGCACACCCAUCUACCUCCCAAGGUGACGCGUGCUACACACCUUGAAAUCAUGAAUGAUGCUAUUGCUGAUGGUGUCCGGAAAAUCCACCAUAACCAGAUCAAAACUAAUGGACUUGGUGUUGCGGGAAACCAAUUCGCAAUGUCUCAGCUACAACAACAGCAGUUUCAGAACCUGAAUCAGAAUGUGAUUCUUCACCGACCUGCAUUGUCACCUUUGUCAAACAAUAAUGAUUAUAAUAACUCCUUCAACAUUGCUCCAACAGUGAAUGUUAACUCUGCUAACAACAUUCCACCUUUGAAUGUUGUUAACUCUUCUUCUAAUCACAAUUCUCAACUUUUGAAUGUUGUUAACUCUUCUGCUGCUCACAAUUCCCCACCUUUGAAUGUUGUUAACUCUGGUGACAAAUUCAUCAACUCUUCGACAACAUUUAGUGAAUUCCUUCAAAAUCUAGGUGGAUGCAAUUUUUCAAUGUUCACAGAUGAUUUGACGAGCAACAAUGGUCUUCUCCAGGACAUGAUUAUGCCAAUGAAAUGA